AUCGUAUCGUCUGUUCUGUUUCUUACUUAUUGCAUCAAAGUUUACCUUUGGGCUUUCAUCUGGCAAAAACUGCGGAGCCACAGUCUUCGACUACAGUCGACCUCGUUCUUGUUUCUCCCAUCUUUCCUCGACUUCUCGCCAUGUUGAAGGCCUCUUUCAUUUACUCAGUUGGUUGAGAUGCUCUGGUGUUUCUCCCAGACGCAUCCAGUCUUGUCAGGCCAACUGUGGACUCUUGGGAACGCCACACCCAUGAAGGUGUACUAAUAUGACGGCAGCCAGUGCAAACGGGCCGGAUCACUGCUUAUACUUCUCCUCCUACACGGUUCCACUGCACCCCAAACGUUUUUCCAGCAUACAGGCCGAGAAAUCGACCUGAGACCACAUCAAACGCGUAGAAUGCCUCCCCGUUCCCGCUCCCGAGGCUCCUGCCAAAUCUGCAAUGCUCAAGAGUCAAAAUAUAGCUGCUCAAAGUGCUACGUGCUAUAUUGUUCGGUGCCGUGUUAUAAAAAGCACAAAGGUACGUGGCGGAAUCACAUACAUACUCAAAUUCUAUUCCAUUCUAUUUUGCACACUCCAUCAUCGUUUCCAAAUACGGAGACGGAGAUUGAGCUGGAGGCGCAACUGCGGCCAUUGACCUCAUUGAACUGGCCCUACGUACCGGAUGAAUCUGCAUACCCCGAUCCGCUCAAACGAGACGAUCCGAAGCCUUUGCAGUUGAAUCAGUAUGAGGCCAUAGCGACGUCCUCCGCGGUGAGGAAUGCUUUGGCUAGUCAUCCCCGAUUGAAGGAUGUGCUGCGGAAGAUAGAUUCGCUCCGAGGACAAGAGAGGGAGGAAGCGUUACAGCGAGCCCUGGGUGUGUCGCAGUAUGACGCGCGCGGGGCUGGUGGAUACGUGGAGGAGGACAAGGUGGCACUGCGAGAGCUAGCAGAGGCAGUAGAGACCGCGGUGAGAGGGGGUAAAGAGGGGGUUACGCUUGGAUUGGACUGGGGGGAUACUGAUUCAAGUUCUGGUCCGUGA